AUGGUGCUGCCGCCGUGGCGCUACUGGCUUGACAGAUGUUCGCUGGUGGUGCUACUGCUAUUUUUGCUCUACUUGGGUGUGUUGUACCAUUGUGCAAUGGAAGGACACGCGAGGAACGUGGAAUUUUUACGUCGUAGCGAGAGUCUCAAUGCCGACGCGGCCGCGUACACCAUACCAGCAGGCCCUAUGUAUUCACUUCGGUUUCACUUCCCUUGUCCGCAGCAUGUUGACAGGAGCACCGAAAACAGUGCCGCCAUGGUCCGUGCUGUUGCGACGGCCGAUGCCUUGAUCUUACACUGCGCUGAGGGCGAAGUUUGGAAUCAGACAGAAUUGGUGGAAAGUUUUUCACAGACGCGGCGGUGGGCCUUGGUUGAGCCACUGAGCCCCACACCUGGCUCCGACGUGCAUAAUAUGAUUCGCCUCCCAGAGCGGCAAUGGCCACUCCCUUCGCACUUUGGCGUCCCUGUCCCUGUUAUAAUUCGUCUGCGCGAUGUCUCGGUCUUUGGGGGCGCACAGGAGGCAGGGGCAGCAGCGAAGCCGCCGCCCCGUGUGCCGCUAAGCCGCACACCCAUCGCGGCCUGCUUUCUCGUCGAAACGGACCCCACCCGCAUCCCCAUUUCCAGUGGUGGAACACUCCAAGAUGAGCUUUUGGCAGAUCCUGCCAAGUCGCGUAUCCCAUCUGUGGCGAUGCAUUUAAGCCACGUGUACAAUGCGGAUUGGGCCUUUUUUGUCUCGCCCUGUCGCACCAAUGGCGCGCUUCGGUUGGAUCAGCAGCACCUUGACAGUGCAUUGGGUCAUAUCACUGUGUGGUGGGUGUGUGUGGCGACCGAUACGCUUGUUGAGGUGAAUGCGGCGGCGCGGUUGCUUACUGUCCUCUCGAGUGAGUAG